GGUCAUUAUUAUGCUUUGCUGCUGAAAUAAGGCACGUAUUACUUUCAAAACCACUGUAGUUUGCAAGCUGGCUGUAUGUGCAGUGUUGCAGAUCACAUCUUUAAGAAUGUUUUGGCCUUUGUUGAUGGUUCUGGAUCUCAUCGCAGCAGUUGAUGCCUGUCCGAUACCCUGCUCAUGUGUUAAUGUUGACAUCGUAACAUGUUGGAACAAGAAUCUCCUCGAGUUCCCUCUUCUGCCUAAUGGUACCAAGCAUUUUUAUGCUACACGUAAUAAGAUUCAGGCUCUCCCAAAUGAAACUUUACAUGAAUUGAUGGUUCUCGACCUCACCAAAAAUGUCUUCAAUUUGUCACUGAAUACCAACUGGCAGAACGUGAGAGGUCUUACGCAUCUACACCUGGGAGGAAAUAGACUGAGCGCACUAACACCAAGACAAUUUGAGGGGCUGCUGAAGCUCCAAGUGUUGGAUCUCAGUAACAACGCUAUUAAAAGCCUGCCUCAGAUGCUUCUCUAUGGCCUGACUAAUCUUCAAACCCUUAAUCUGAAUAUAAACCAGAUAUUUAGUUUAUCCUAUGGGGUUCUAGAGGGACCUCUUGCCCUUACAGACCUGCAAUUGAGAGAUAACAAAAUCGAGAUGAUCGAGGUGAAAGUGUUUGAGAACUGCACCAAUCUAGCUAAACUCUAUCUGUCAAAUAACAAGCUAAAAAGUGUUGGCAAUGGGAGUUUCAAAGGUGCCACUGGGCUAAAUCAUCUCGAUCUUGGUCUAAAUGGACUAACUGGCAUCCCUACCAUUGUCCUUCAAGAGACCUCAAACCUCACCAGCCUCCACCUUCAAAAAAAUUACAUAACUUCAAUUCCUGACGACAUUUUUUCUGAGGUUCUCUCACUGGAACAACUGGAUGUAAGUUAUAAUGGUCUUGUUUCCAUUUCCAAUGGUUCCUUUAGAAGUCUUUCCCAGCUGGUUUAUUUGGAUCUUAGUUUCAAUCAGUUGCAGACACUAACGCCGCAUGUGUUCAAAGACUUGGUGAAGCUUGAAAAUCUUAAUUUGUAUCAUAACAAACUGACGUCGCUUCCAAACAACGUGUUCAAAAACCUGAGUAUGUUAAAGGAGCUCCAGCUGGACAGCAAUAAUAUUUCUGUGAUUCCACCAGACCUCUUUCAUCCACUGUCAGCACUGAAGGAUCUACAAUUAGACAACAAUCACAUUUCGAAGCUUUACUCUCACACAUUUAAGAAGCUGAGGAAGCUUAAGCAACUGGAUAUUAGCAGCAAUGACCUCAUGGAGAUUCCAAAUCACAUUUUUGAUAAGAAUCUGAAGGAGCUCAAUCUGGAGAACAAUCAUAUUAGCUUCAUUUCAAAGUUGUCCUUUAAAAAUCUGCACCGACUACAGUCUCUGAAACUCAGCAAUAACAACCUGUCAAAACUUCAUAGAGAGUUACUCACUGAUCUUACAAGGUUGCGGGAGCUAUUGCUGAAUGAAAACCAAAUAGAAACCAUCCCUGUUGGAUUUUUUAAAGGUCUUGAAAACCUUAGGGUUCUAGAUUUGUCCAACAAUAAGUUGCAUUCCAUCUUAUCAGAUGCCUUCAAUGAUCUGUCUGCACUGAAAGACCUAGAUCUGAGUUUUAAUUUUCUCAAUAACCUUCCGGAAGACAUCUUCGCAUUUUUAAAAAACCUCACGAAGCUCCAUCUGCAAAACAACAAGCUGAGAUAUUUGCCCAGCAGAUUGUUUUCUGCCCUUGUUAAUUUGGAAGAGCUCCAUUUGGACAGAAACUAUCUCCAGAGAAUUCAUCCAGCGCAGUUUGAAGGCUUAGUAAAAUUACAUGAACUAGAUAUUAAAUCAAAUCAACUGCGCUCAUUGGAAGAUGGGACUCUAACGCCUUUAAGAAAGCUCAGACGUAUUCAUCUUGAUGGGAAUCCAUGGGACUGCUCCACUGUCUUCAUUCUGUACAUCAGUCAGUGGUUUAACAAUAAUACUAAGCUGGUAAAAAGUACACCCAUGUGCUCCUCUGGCCAAAAUCUUUCCAAUCCGGCUCUGUUCCCUUCAUCAUUAUCAAACUCUGCCUGUUUCUCUGUAAACAUCAAGCAACUUAUGGUUGUGAUUGGUUUCUUUCUAGGUUUUCUGUUCUCAUGAAAUUACUGUUUUCAUAUCUGCUGCUUUGUCAAGAUUUCUCAUAUCAUUGUCUCAUGUAUAUUUUAUUAUGAGAAUAUAUCCCUACAUGAAUUACAUUCUAU